GACCCAGUACUGUUUGUAUUUAGUAUAAUAUUAUAAUGUGUUUCUGAAUUUGUUUCUUAUGUAUUGGUUUCUGGAUGGAACAUUGUUUUGGGAUGAACAAGAGAGUGUGGUCAGAUAUCCACAUAUUUGGAUCUGCGUUACAGUUAAAUGCUAUAAUUCGUGUAGGAUUUGGAUUUAAAUUUUUAGGAUUUGGAUUUAAAUUUGUAAAGUUAAAAAUUCAAUUGACAGAAAAGGAAACAGUUACAAUAGCAAAUACCAACUGCCAAAAUCAAACCACAAUCAUAAAAGUAUAUCUAAUAAAAAUACAUGGUGUGAAAUCUAAAAUUAUAACUGUUUGUUAACUGGUUUUUCCAAAACACUGGUAUUGUGCUAUAAACUUACCCAAAGACUAAAAAAAUGCUUUAACUAAUGAUUAGCUUUGGUUUAUUCCAAAGAUUUUUGCUGAAGGGGAGAUAUAAUUUGGUGGAUUCCUCUCUAGUUAGCCACCCCCUAUUGCUCUUUUUGUCUGAACCUCUGGAAAUCCACUAAAAUUCCAUCUUGGAUAUGGGCCUGGAUUAUGCUUCGCGUGAUGGCCAGGAGGUCAUCCCCAGGACAAGACACCCAACAACUGCCUAACUAGCUGGUAGAUGGGCCUUGAUGUAAUCCAGUGGAACACAAUGUACAGGUAGUGGGGCACAUUUAUGACAGGAUGGAAUACACAGACUAAGUCUCCACAUGAGAUUGCCCCCCUAGGCCACUGGGGACCAAGCUGGCGAACUCAAAUCCAUUCAAAGAACAUAAGAUGGGUGUUUUGUUCAGCAGUGUUUUGGGGAAGGGAUUAUUCAACUGUGUUAAUAAUAAUAAUAAUUUUGGACUGAUUAGGAAUGAUUGGAUUUUGAUUUAAUUUGAUUUCCCUACAAUAGUGAAAUAUUUGCAAUAUUUUAAGUUUAGCCAGUUUGAUGCUAACUGUAACUGUAACACUUUAUUCACAUUUUAUGUUAUGAGAAACAUGAAAUACUCAUAGGUAAAUAACUAUUUUAAUACACUGUUUCCAAAGUGAUAAUGUAGCCAGUCACAAUAUUUGGGCACUGCUUAUGUAUUACAGAGAAUGCUUGAUUUCGCGUGUGGCUCAAAAGUUGUCGCAGCAAAGUUUUGCUUGCGUCAGCGGAACAGAGCUGUUCGUGCCCCGAUUGGAUGGGAAUCACGGCUGCUGUGCGCUUAGCGUUCAAGUCAUUGGCGCAACGUCACCGAGGACUGCGCUCUCAUCCAAAAAUCGAUCGCGGCACACUGUUUCUCGAUUACGAUUUGACACGUUGGCGAUCAAUCAUUCAAAUGCCUCUUUCGAUUGGUGGUGCUGUGAGGUGGAGGGCGGGGCAGAUAGAAAGUGGGAUAGAUUUCCGGUAGAAGUUUAUUGUAAAUCGGAAACGACUUCACAUACUAAUAAAGGGGUUUAUGCUUUAUAUAAAACACAAUAUUAAUUAAUGCAUUUAAACAACAUAUAUCUGAAUAGAGUAAAUUUAUUUUUGUGAGGUGUAUGCUACAACGGAUACACAUAAUAAGAUUUAAUGUUAUUACCUUAAGUGUAUGUGCCGACAGGGUGAACGUUGAGUUCGCAGUGCAGCCGGAUAAGCCAAUUGUUGCUGCCUGUCAGCUGUGUUGGAGGUGUCGCUCCCAGAAGGCCGGUCGUGAUUUGUGGUCGUUUCUGCGGUACGAUGCAAUGGAGCGAGCGAACAGCGGCGACGUGCUGACGGUCGUUCUGCUGAAAUGGAAAUUCCUAGCCCUUGCUCAAAGAGGAAAUAAAUCAGGACUGGCAGAACCCCCCCCCCCCCGCCUUGCCCUGUCGACAAUGGACCCCCCGCUGGGCGUAGGGGCCAGCCCCAGUGAGGGGGUGUCAUGUGCAGUUCCUGGCUCCGCCCCCAGCCCACAGAGCGAGGCAGUGACCAAUGAGAUGGAGGAACUGUCACUUCAGGCAGGCCUGGGUCUGCUUCCACUGCAGGAGAGGAAGAACGUUCUUCAGCUGAAGCUUCAGCAGCGACGGACUCGUGAAGAGCUGGUCAGCCAAGGGAUUAUGCCACCCCUAAAGAGUCCGGCUGCCUUUCACGAGCAGAGGAGGAGUCUGGAGCGAGCGCGGACUGAAGACUACCUGAAGAGGAAGAUCCGGAGUAGGCCUGAGCGAUCGGAGCUGGUGAGGAUGCACAUCCUGAAAGAGUCGUCGGCUGAGCCCUCCCUGCAGGCCCGUCAGCUGCAGCUGAAGAGGGCGCGACUCGCGGAUGACCUCAACGACAAGAUCGCACAGAGGCCUGGGCCCAUGGAGCUAAUCCACAAGAAUAUCCUGCCCGUGCACAGCAGUGUCAAGCAGGCCCUGCUCGACUUCCCGAAGGCGGUGACGGAGAGCUCAUCAUUUGACGACGACAGCAGUGACGGCUUCUCGCCAAGCCAGCUGGGCAGCCAGCCCUCACCCCCGGACACGUCGAGCCUCGGGGUCGGUGACCCCUCCCCCACGCAGGCCCCACCCCCUGCCCUGCCUCCUCCUGCCCCACCGGUGCCCCCAGUGCAGCAGAAGCUGACAAAUGGAACUGCAACUCCCCCAGCCUCCCGGCCUUCACCCCUGCCAGUCAAGGCCCAGGGGAAGACCGGAUCUGAACGGGCCACUCAGCGCUCCAAGAAACCCAAGGACAGCAAGCCCAAAGUGAAGAAGCUAAAAUAUCACCAAUACAUCCCCCCCGACCAGAAGGUGGAACGCGAGCCCCCCCCCCUGCUGGACUCCUCCUAUGCCAAGAUCCUGCAGCAGCAACAGCUCUUCCUGCAGCUUCAGAUCAUCAGCCAGCAGCAGCAGCACUACAACUACCACACCAUCCUGCCUGCCCCUCCCAAACCUCCGGCAGAACAGCAGUCUCCCUCCACUUCUGGCCCUUCUCCCUCUCGGGGUGGACCCACCCCUGCACUGACGACAUCUAGUCCAGGUGGGCCGCUCCGUCAGGCCCACCCCACCGUGGUGUUGCCUAAGCUGGGACCCUUGCCCCCUAAUUUGGAUGACUUCAAGGUUGCUGAGCUGAAGCAGGAGCUGAAGAUCCGGGGCCUGCCAGUGUCGGGUACGAAGAACGACCUCCUUGAGAGACUGCGGACCUUCCAGGAGCAGAACGGAGGCCCAGCCCCUUCAGGGGGCACUGCUGGGGUCGGUGCCCCAAAAUGCAGCCUACCGCAACAGCUAUCCCAGCCUGUGGGGCCCUCCCCCAUUCUGGGAGGGACCACUGUCUUGCACCAUUCCGGUGAAGGAGGAGUGGUGGUGGCGGCGGCUUUCCCGUUCGUGGCUGCAAUUGCAGGAGGCGGAGCUGCACCGGGGCCCCCACCCCCCAUCAUGAAGUUUGGCAGCACGAGCUCAUCACCACCCGAGUCUCCCGCCCCCUCUGACCGUUCACUGGCUGGGAUGAGUCCAGAUGAAACCAGCUGUAAUGGAGAUACAUUUGGGGAUACGGUCAGCUCCCCCCUGACGCAGUUGAACCUCCACUCCUCCCCGCUGCUGCCCACCGCGAUCAAAGACGAGGCCCCAGCACCGUGCCGCUUCUCCCGCUGUCCUCACACCCUGGACAAGGACCAGAUGCUGCAGGAGAAGGACAAGCAGAUUGAGGAGCUGACGCGCAUGCUGCAGCAGAAGCAGCGGCUCGUGGAGACGCUGCGCUCGCAGCUGGAGCAGGGCAAGCGGGUGGGGGCGGAGCUGCAGGAAGUGGCUGGCGUGCGAGUCAAACAGGAGCCUGAUGAAGGUGUGGGGGAGACCACAUGCUGUGCCUACGGCUCAUAUGUCCCCGACCUUAGCGAGGAUGACACCAUCCAGGUGACCAUUAAGGAGGAGGUGGAGGAUGACUUGGGUGACAUGCUGUCACAGGCAGACCUGCAGCUGGGAUCGUUUGACCAGCCGGCCGUCCUGCCACUGACACAACAGCCAAUGGAAAUACUGCGGCGUCAAGUAUCACAGACACAGCAGUCAGUGGAAAUACUGCAGCGUCAGGUGCUACGAACACAGCAGCCAAUGGAAAUCCAGCAGUGUAAGGUACCACAGAUGCAGCAGUCAAUGGAACUGCAGCAGCAUCAGGUGCCACAAACACAUCAGCCAAUGGAGAUCCAGCAGCGUCAGGUGGCACAGGUGCAGCAGCCAAUGGAGAUCCAGCAGCGUCAGGUGGCACAGGUGCAGCAGCCAAUGGAGAUCCAGCAGCGUCAGAAGAUUCAGGUGCGGCAGCCAAUCGAAUUAGAGCACCAAAGACAGCAGUGGCAGCAGGCACCUCAGGGGCAGCUGGUGCAGGAUAGACAAGCGAGUGUGACGCACAAGAAGAAGAAGAAGAAGAAGAGGAGACCGUUGGAGGUAGAGGUACAGCAGGUGCCCCCUGUAUUUGGGAGCCAGCAACCUGCCAUCUCUAUGCCUGCCCCCUCCCUGUCAUUGGACAUCCUCAAGUCCUGCCCCGCCCCGACACUGCUGAGCAAUAGCAACAGCAACCACUUCCUGGUUGCACUUGGCAGUCGCGGCCAGGAGGGGACGCUGUCACAGUGCGAAGGCCCUGGAAAUAGAGUGCAGUCCACACCCACCAAAUCCUCCAGCCAAUCACCUCCCGUGACUGACAGUAACGCCCAAUCCAAGUCACAGUUUCAGCCAGGUCUCAACCAUCAGCUGGUGAAAAAGGGACUCCAGGUGUCCACCAACCAACGACAAGAGUCAAACAGCUCCCUCUCUGCCCCGCCCAACCUGCAGCCUUUCUUUCUCGGUAAUGAGCCCGCCCCCUCUAAUGAGCCCGCCCCCUCUGAGGAGCCCGCCCCCUCAUCUCCCACCCACAUGGUGGGUAUGUCUUCUGGUAUCGAUGUGCACACCUUAUUCGGGCCCCUCUCCCCGGCUUUUAAGAGGCAGAGUCCCACACCCCCGCUGCACGACAAGGAGAACAACUCCAGUGAACAGAUGGCUGACUUUUUUGACAUCCUAAUUGAGAGCGGAGAAAUCUCUGCCAGCUUCAAAGACCCGGGGCUCUCCUGCCUUGACUCCAGAACCUUGCCCCCUUCACCUAGCCACUCCCCUCUACAUUUCUCAGCCCCUGUCCCCCUUGAGCCCCCAGUCUCUCAGCACCCUUUGGAAGGGGAACCUCAGGCACCUGUUUCUGCAGAACAGGAAGUGGUCGGCACAGGAAGCGGCCGUCUGGAGGACUUCCUGGAGAGCACCACUGGAAAGCCAUUGCUGGGGGUGGAACCAGGAGGCCCGGUGACUUUGAUUGACGACCUCCAUAGCCAAUUGCUGAGCACUUCCAGCAUCUUGGACCACCCUCCUUCUCCUAUGGACACAUGUGAGCUCUCCUUCACCCCCCACUUCGGAGAGCCGGGCCUGGAUGGCAUGGAUUGGCUGGACAUCACCAUGGGAGUGGGGACCAGCGGGCUUUCAGGUGUGCCCCCUCUGGGAUCUCAUGCACCCUCCAGUGUGUUUUCAGCAGACUUCUUAGACAGUUCUGACCUGCAGCUUACCUGGGACUCCUGCUUGUAGCUGUGUAACCCCCCCCCGGCGAUUUGUGAAAUAGCUCAUCCCCUUUCUCCAUACCCCCUCCAUCUCUGUCCUGUGCACAAGCACUCACGUUCAGCUGAAUCUAGAAAUAUCAGGUUCUAGCUGGUUUAAAUGCUUGUGGGGGGAGGGGCUGUGUGUUACCACCCCUGGUGUCUCUCUUAAAGUAAAACACUGAAAAUUUGAGCUUUAUUUUGAUUACCCUAUUUUACUGUUUUUACUGUACUGUAUCAGUACCCUGCCUCUAACACUUUUUUAAAUGUCUCAUCGCUUAGCCGUGUUACAUCGGUGGCAAGCAGGCGUGACUGAGUGUAUCUGGAGAUGCAUCUUUAAUAUGUUACACCUGUGUGACAGAUAUGCCUCAGGUGGGUAAUUUGGCUCCUUAGCAUAUCUCCACCAGGUCCUCUGCUCUGCCCCCUAGUGUUGAUCAGUGGGGUUGUGUCUGGAAGCUGCUGGAUGCGAAGGAGCAGUCAGACGCACACCUUCAGGGUCUCUGCCAGUGCAGCUCUGCCCCCUGCUCCAUGUUUGCACUCGGUGAGCAGGCGUCAUGCGGAGGGGGGGGGGUGUGAGUGAGGUGCUGGUGGGCCAUUCUCAUCAUGCAGCUGCUUGGUACCUGGGCCCGCUAGCCCUCCACAUGAAGACCGACCUGCACCGAGGGCUCAGACUUUAGUCAUUUGGAUAUGAUUUUUUUUUAAAGAAAAAUAAAAGUCUUUAUGUUUCA